UGUUUCAGUUCCACCGAUGCUGUGGAUCCCGCACCAACUGGUCGGCUCUCCUCUCGGCAGGAACGUGACCCUGGAAUGUUUCACCGAGGCUCAUCCCAACGCGCUCACCUACUGGACUAGAGAGGACGGGCAGAUGAUUCACAGCUCUAAGAAGUACCAUACCAUCGAGAUACCACAGGAAGUACCAUACAAAGUCCAGAUGAUGCUCACCAUUGUCAAGCUGAAGCUCCAGGAUUUCGGGACUUACAAGUGUGUGGCCAAGAACUCCCGCGGCGAAACAGACGGCACUAUUCGACUUUACGCUUCUGCUUUGAUGACCACCACCACGCUACCAGUCACCGAAGAAACCGUUAAGAAAGAUACACCAAUAGAGUUCGAGAACGAGGAGAAACCAGUUGAAAAACCAAAGGAGAAAAAGGAGAAAGCAGGUGGUAAAGGAGUAAAGGCGAGCCCAAACAACGUAGACAAGUUGCAGAACAAGAAGCAGGAAGCCAAGUCCCCACCGUCAGACAGAAGGGCAGAGAGUGAGUUGCCGGCAUUUGCAAGUCAUAUCACUGUUCCCUGUUCCCAGUGUUUAUCACCAGCACACGGUUCAUUUAGGCUACAUCUGUCCCGCGUCCACAUCUUCCGAGGCCUUUAA